UUCUCUUCCCUCCCCAGGAUCCAGCAAGGAGGGCUCAGCAUCAAUAAAUAGCAGCCAGCUGUCCCCAGCAGGCAGGGACCAGUGGCUCCUCUCAACCAGAGACCAGCACCAUGAAGCUUUUCACGGGCCUCCUGUUCUGCUCCUUGGUCCUGGGAGUCAGCAGUGAGAGCUGGUUUGAAUUCAUUGGCCAGGCUUAUGAAGGAACCAAAGAUAUGGUGAGAGCCUAUAUGGACAUGAGAGAAGCCAAUUUUAUAGGCGCAGACAAAUACUUCCAUGCCCGGGGGAACUAUGACGCUGCCCGAAGGGGACCUGGUGGGGCCUGGGCUGCUGAAGUGAUCAGUGAUUUCAGAGAGGCUUAUCCAAGAGUCACCGACCUUUUUAGGCAUGGAGACAGCGGCCAUGGAUUGGAGGACUCAAUGGCUGACCAGGAAGCCAACAGAUGGGGCCGGAGUGGGAAAGACCCCAAUCACUUCAGACCUCGUGGCCUGCCCGACAAGUACUGAGCCCCUUCGCUUGCUCUCAGGAGUUGGGGUGUGAGCCCCCUAAGGGCAGGGACCCGGAGCCAUUGAGUUCUAUAUCCCCAGAUGCUGACAGAGGGCACAUGAUGGAUGUCUAAUAAAUGCUCAAGAGUUUGAAUGUUGAAA